CAGUCUGUAGACGAGCGUCUGACGGAAUAACGGAAGCAAUUCAAGUGUUGACUGUAGUAUAACGAUAUUAGUUGAUAUACAGAUCGAAACAAUAAGAGGAUAUAAAAUUUAAAUUUAAAAGUUAAAGUUAAAAAAAAAUAAAGAUAAAAAUAUAACAAUAACCUUUACAGUGACGGAGCGUUUAUAUAUAAGAAAUCUACGCGUGGAAGAAACGAUCGCUGAAACGGAAAAUACAUGUUUUAUUACGAGAACGACUUUGAUCUAAAAAAAGUUAAAUUAAUGCAAUCAAAAAUCGAUCACGAGAUACAGAGAAGAUAUUUGGGACGAAUUGUUCGGAUUUAAUAGUGAUCACAAUAAUUUUUGGAUAAGGAAUACCUGCCGAGCAACAGCUACGAUGUAACAACAUGAAAUGAUUCAGCGAACUCUUUCCAUUGGAGAUCAAAGUUCAAGUUGUCGCAUUGCCGGUUAAACAGGGGGAUCAAUAUUCCGAGAAGGUCACAAAAAUUUAUCAGCGUUAUUAACUUGUGUUUUUAAUGGAAAAAUGCAAGCAUCACAAGAAAAGAUGUGAAAAUGAAUUAAUGCGGCACGCACGAUAAGGGGCAAUCAAUACACAUACACUUUGAAUAUACAUCUUGAAGGUUUCUUACAGCACGUGAGAUGCAUUGAUUUUCGAUUUUUCGAAGAAUGCGAGGAAAGAAGAGUCGCUUUCUGCAAAUUCGAUAAAAAAUGGAGGACUUUGCGGCAAAUAAAACGAUCCUUGCCGCUGAAUUUAAUAUUCAAAUUACUACAGAAAAUGGAGAUUACAAACCAUUCGCGCGAUCUGUGACUAUCAUUGCCACUGCUUGUGCUAUAAUAUUCAGCAUUAUCGGAGUGUUAGGCAAUCUAGUGACGGUAAUUGCAUUAUUAAGAUAUACCAGAUUGAGACGACAUGCCACUACAGCGUUUGUGAUAUGCCUUAGUAUCUCCGACUUGAUCUUCUCGGCGGUUAACUUGCCUCUAACCGCCAGUAGAUAUUUGAACGAAGCAUGGAUUCUGGGCGAGACUCUGUGCAAGAUAUUUCCCUUAUUUUUUUACGGGAACGUCGCCGUGUCUUUACUCAGUAUGGUAGCCAUUACUAUUAACCGAUAUGUACUGAUUUCACAAUCGGACAUUUACAAUCAAUUAUAUACCGGUCGCGGCAUAACGCUGAUGUUAAUAGCCAUAUGGACUCUAAGCUUCUUGAUGCUGCUGCCACCCUUGUUGGAUAUCUGGGGUACUCUAGGACUAGAUCCAGCCACCUUCUCAUGCACCAUAUUGAAAAAAAAUGGUUCCAGCCCGAAGAAGUUUCUCUUCGUUCUAGGUUUCGUUGUACCAUGCGUAGUGAUCAGUGUUUCAUACCUCUGCAUAUAUUGGCGCGUCCGGAGUAGUCGGAGGAAUCUCGAGGCACACGCAGCGGAAAGACGCGUUGGUAGACGAGGUGGUGGAUUCCAACGAAGGGAGGAUUCCAGGGUGACCAGACUUAUGCUCACCAUAUUUCUUUGCUUCCUGAUGUGUUUCAUGCCAUUGAUGCUGGUGAAUGUGAUCGAUGAAAAAAUGAAAAUCCCUAUACUCCACGUAGUAGCGUCCGUGCUCGCUUGGGCGUCGGCGGUAAUAAAUCCUUUCAUCUAUGCUGGUACCAACAAACUGUACAGAGAAGCGUACAAACAGGUUCUAUGUCCUGUCUCAAACAGGACACCCACGAUUGGUCCUAAACCAGCGCAUUCUCAUUCGAGCAAAGUCUCAUCACCUCAUACGACAUAAAAAUAUCGUCCACUUCGAGAUAAUUGAUCGUAAAUAAAGAUAGUAAUAAGUAAAAAGUUGAUGCAUAAUAUUAUUUUGCUUAUCUUUUAUAAAAAAAAUUAAGCGUUUAAAAACAGUAACGUAAAAAUAAAUUUUUUUUAUAGAAUAUAACUGCAAAAGAUUAGAAGAAUCUGAAAACUGCAAAAAGUUUGCGUUCAUGAUUUCACAAAAUCAGCGUUAACGAGAAAAUAAGAUUUUCAUUUAACAAACCAAAUAUCUAUUUUUUGUUUCUUUUUUUCUUGCAAUCGGGAAUAAGAAAUAUUAAAAAAAAAUUAACGUAAAAAAAGUAUAUAUAAAAAAUCUUAUUUCUUGCUUUACAUA